AUGCUGUCCUAUGAGAGCAUGACUGAGAGACAGCGCGAGUUGUAUGACCAAGUCAAGAAUGCGGAUGGAGAGCUCCAUCUGAAUUGCAAGCAGAUUGGCGUUGCAGAGGCACAGGCGAUUGCCGAGGCACUCAAAGUGAACAGGACGUUGACUGACCUCAAUCUGAAUGUGAAUCUGAUAGGCGACGCUGGAGCACAAGCGAUUGCAGAGGCACUCAAAGUGAACACGACGUUGACUGUGCUCUUUCUUGGUGGCACUCAGAUUGGCGACAUUGGCGCGCUGGCAAUUGCUGAGGCACUCAAAGUGAACACCACGUUAACUGCUCUCUCUCUGGGCAAUAAUCAGAUUGGCGAUGCUGGAGCGCAGGCCUUUGCUGAAGCACUCAAAGCGAACACGAUGCUGACUGAGCUCACUCUGGACUGGAAUCAGAUUGGCGACGCUGGAGCGCAGGCCUUUGCUGAGGCACUCAAAGCGAACACGACGCUGACCCAGCUUCAAUUGGAUUUCAAUCAGAUUGGCGAGGUUGGAAUGCAGGCGAUUGCUGAAGCACUUCAAGUCAACAAGACGCUGACUCUGCUCUACCUGAAGGAGAAUCGGUUUGGCGAUGUUGGAGCGCAGGCAAUUGCAGAGGCUCUCAAGGUGAACACGACGCUGACUGAGCUACGUCUGAAUGAUAACCAGAUUGGCGAUGGUGGAGCGUGCGCGAUUGCUGAGGCACUCAAAGUGAACAAGACGGUGACUCGGCUCUCUCUAGACCGUAAUUGCAUUGGCAGCGUUGGUUCUCAAGCUUUCGAUGAGGCACGCAAAGGCAACUGCAGAUGUCAGGUUGACGUCCGCGAUCAGAUCAACCCUCUUGCAUUCUCCUUACUUCCACGAUUGGCAAGUGCUGAAGACAUCCAAGCAGUUCUCGGCAUGCUGACCGGCGGGUUGGAGCUGGAGAAUCAGCCCGUGUAUCUACCAGCACUACCAACCGAGAUUGCCGAGCUCAUUAUGGAAGAAGCGCAUUACUGGCAAGGCGUGGCGAAAACCAACCGAAGAACGACCAAAGUCACUGUGCCUCAAGGAGAUUCAAUCCGCGUGAAAGUAAUUCAAGUAGUUCGUUUCUGGCGCGAGCGUCCCAGUAUCACCGGUUACUGGGUUUUUAAUUUGACUGUCCGAGAUGAACAAGGUGCUGUUCGGCACGAGUGUACUGUGCACCCGACUUUCGUUGAGUCGAACCUUGCGCUUGCGACAUUCUGGCCGGCGAGUCAUCCCAUCAUCCGACAAAUGCGCGAGGGCUGGCAAGUUCAAGCCAGCGUGACUUCCAAUAAUAUGAUGUGUGAAUCGCUUUAUGUCGGAUAUGUCGACCGACAGUAA